ACAUAAACGCGCACACACUCUCGCAAAGUAUCCACUUCAGUAGUCUUCUUCUUCAAUCACUUUUGCUCAUCUAUCUCUCUCUCACUCUCUGUUUUGUCCCAAAAAUGGCUCUUCAAGCUGCUUCUUUGGUCUCCUCUGCUUUCUCUGUCCGUAAAGAUGUAAAACUGAAUGCUUCUUCAUCAUCCUUCAAGGACUCAAGUCUCUUUGGUGCCUCCAUUACCGAACAUGGCUCUUCCUCGUUAAGACUCAAGAGAGAACAUAGCGUGAGGAACGUAGCGAUUAGAGCCCAAACCGCCGCAACUUCAAGCCCAUCCAUCACAAAAUCAUCAGUUGACGGCAAGAAGACCUUGAGGAAAGGUAACGUGGUGGUCACGGGAGCCUCGUCAGGGUUAGGUCUAGCCACGGCCAAAGCUCUCGCCGAGACAGGGAAAUGGCACGUGAUAAUGGCGUGCAGAGACUUCCUUAAAGCCGAGAGAGCAGCUAAAUCCGCAGGGAUGCCUAAAGACAGCUACACGGUGAUGCAUCUAGACUUGGCUUCUUUAGACAGUGUGAGACAGUUCGUUGAUAGCUUUAGGAGAUCAGAGAUGCCUCUCGAUGUUUUGGUCUGCAACGCUGCUGUUUAUUUCCCGACAGCUAAAGAGCCUACUUACAGUGCAGAAGGGUUUGAGCUUAGCGUCGCGACCAACCAUUUGGGACACUUUCUUCUCUCGAGGUUGUUGCUUGAUGACUUGAAGAAAUCUGAUUACCCUUCAAAGCGUCUCAUCAUUGUCGGAUCCAUUACAGGGAACACGAAUACAUUGGCUGGUAACGUACCACCGAAGGCUAACCUAGGCGACUUGAGAGGUUUAGCGGGCGGUUUGAACGGUUUGAACAGCUCGGCGAUGAUUGAUGGAGGAGAUUUCGACGGUGCAAAGGCUUACAAAGACAGCAAAGUGUGCAACAUGUUGACGAUGCAAGAGUUUCACAGGCGUUACCAUGAAGACACUGGAAUCACAUUCGCUUCGCUUUACCCUGGUUGCAUUGCCUCCACUGGUUUGUUCAGAGAGCACAUUCCUCUUUUCCGUACGCUCUUCCCUCCGUUUCAGAAGUAUAUCACUAAAGGAUAUGUCUCCGAGACAGAGUCUGGCAAAAGACUUGCUCAGGUGGUGAGUGAUCCGAGCUUGACGAAAUCAGGAGUUUACUGGAGCUGGAACAAGGCUUCGGCUUCUUUUGAGAACCAGUUGUCAGAAGAAGCGAGUGAUGUUGAGAAGGCUCGUAAAGUGUGGGAGAUCAGUGAGAAGCUUGUUGGCUUAGCCUAAGAGGAUUUGAGACUCUCUUUUAAUUGCUGAGACCUCUCUGUUAUCUACCAACUGAUGAGUCCUAGAGAGUUUUCUGGAUUGUAUUGCAUGUUUUUUCAUUAGUGCAUGUUGAGUGUUAGAUUCUGUUUGGGUGAGUAGCCCAUAAUAAUGAAAUAAAAGUUGGUCUAUCUUAAUGUUUUGUUAUGGUCUGUGUUUUCAUCGUAACAAAAGAUCACCAUGUUGUUUACAUUCUCUGAAACUAUAUUCUGAGAAACAGAACAAGUUGUACUCUACAAGCUUGAAGAGCAGAUAAUGAAUGUUGAAAAGUUAAUUUUUCUAUAUAACCUCGAAACCUAUUCACAGUUUUAUUCAUGGCUUAUUCAUAACAAAGGUGGAGAAGAACAGAAACGGAACAUGAAAGUGCGAAAAACAAAUUAUUAUUAGGAAGUUCAGAGAAUGCAAAUAUUCAGAGAGACCAGUUGGCUUCACUUCCACGACGAGGGAUACUGUUAACACGCGAGUACACAUCCACCUUGAAGUUGGCACCACACAGAACUCCUUCACUGUCCACUCUCGGCAUAGCCUUGAUCUUGUUCAUUGGAUGCUCAAAGCUCAUUAACCCUCCUUCACUGUGGAACAUACAUCCUGCAACAUUCCCAAAAAUCCAUCAGACAUAUCAUUAUAUUUUUUAAUCAUACAUAUGCAUUAGGCUUCAAUAUUUAUACAAUACAGGCUUGAUACAAUAUCAUUGUGCUUUAGAUUAUCCAACUUUAACUCCUAACUUUGGUGAAAUAACAAGAUUUUAGCUCUCCUAAUUAUAUAUGAUCAAGAACCAUAAGUAAUAUCUUUACAUGUAUUAUUUAUGAUCAUUUCCUAUCAUUUGUUAAAGCAUAUGAAGAUUGUACUAUGUGAAUGGUGAUAAUUAAGUUAUUAUUACCAGUAGGAAAUGGAGCAAAAGAUUUAGCACAACCCUCUUUGAUAACAUCUAAAUCAUCUGAUAUCACAACAGAUCCAUCAGCAGCUAUUCCCCAAAACAGCUUCACUCCUCCAUCAGAUCCC